CCCACAAAUUCAACAUGAACUUCCUCAAGAUCUUCAUCUUCGUUGCCUUAAUCCUGACCAUUAGCUUGGAUCAAUCCGAAGCUAGGAGGGGUUGGCUAAAGAGGCUUGGCAAGAAAAUUGAACGCUUUGGCAAGAACACUCUUAAUACCGCCACUAAAGGACUUGGCCUUGCUGCACUGCUAGCAACCGUCAGGGGUUAAGCCAGGACUAAUAAUAUUCUGUUUUUAUACACUUUGACAUUUUUGUAAAAAAUGGAAUCAUGAAAUGAUCAGCAAGACAAACUAAGUCGAUAUAGCCAUUUCCGUCUGUCCGUCUGUAUGAGAGCGUGUUUUUCAGCUAGAGAGCUAGGCCAACCAAAUUUGGUAUGUAGGUGCCCAGGACACAGCACAUUAAACAAACG